AUGUCCCAUUCGGUCAGCAUGAAGCCUGAGAACAUCGACCCAGCUCGUACGAGACGUCUCGCAAAGACCUUUAAAGACAUCGUCGCGGGGCACCGUACCGUCUCAACUGCCACCGACGCUCGCCUCUACCUGGAAGCUGUGAGGGCUCAGCCGGACCCAUCGGCUUGCAUCGAGACCAUUGUGGCCAGCGAGCACGGCAUUCGUGGUAUAAGCACAAGCGUCCGAACCGAUCCCUCACCCGUGUUUCUGACUGCCCAUGUCGUCCCCUUCUUGGAAUACCUGGCAGAUCCGGGCAUCAGAGCCAUCCACGAGGGCAGUCUUCUACGCCAAAUGCUUUUGGCGAUUGUGAACCCCCCGAUUGCCUGGAACUCUCUCCUGACGCUAUGGCUUGAUGACACGCUUCAGGACGGAAAUGCCGAGGUCUUUGCCUGGCUGUCUCUCGAAAUUGUCACUCUGCCUGGGCAGGAACUCGUCUCCAUUGUCGAAAGCUUGGUCGCCGCCGUGGAGAAACGCUCAUUCCUCCAUGACACCAACCCCAAAGUCCGCGAGCUUGGAUAUCGGAUCCAAAGGGCUCUCAAAAUCAACUCUGCCGUCGAGUCAGGACCCAUCGGGGAGGCGCCGGGCGGCCGGCAUGACAACGACUGCGCAAAUUUCAGAGAUAUCUCCGUCUAUCCGACAAGCGACGAGUUUGCCUCUUCCCUCCGACCUUUUCUAAGGCUUGCAAGCGUUGUUGCUCAAGCCGAACCCGCAACUCGGCCACAAAUACACCUCGACAACCAAUAUCGCCUUCUGAGGGAGGACAUGUUGGCCGAGCUCAAAGAAGACAUACAUGCUGUGAUGGGCAAGACGAAAGGCAGGAGACGUCCACAAGUCUUUGGCAUGCUUCAGCCUAUCAACAUCGACACUGGAACCGAGAGGCGAGCCCAAAAAAGUACACUCCUCAUCAAAUGCGGCCUAGGACUUGAGAUGCUGGAUAAGAUGGAUUCACAAAAGCGAAAGAAGCUGCUCAACGACGACAAGAAGAUCCUAGGUCAUCAAAGUUUUGGUGCUCUAUGUAAUGAAAAGGAGAUCAUCGGCUUCGCCUUCACUGUACGUGACGUCGACCAACUUGCAGAGAAGGUACUUGGUCUACAGUUCGCUGGCAACGACACGCUGUCGAAAGCUCUGUCAGCCUUCCGAAACCCUCAAAACCUUCGAAACUCCCGGAUCCUCAUCAUCACCUAUACCAACCACGCUCUGGACCAGUUUCUGGAAGACCUCACUAAUGUUGCCGGAGUAUCGCAGGAGAAAAUGAUCCGUCUCGGUGGGAAGUAUACUGCAGCGACUGAGCCAAUCCGAUUCGACUCCCUCUAUCGCAAUAGCAAGCAUUACUUGAGCAAUCAUUGCCGCGAUAAGAUCAGAGGGCUGCAAGAAGAGGCUAUGAGCCUUCGAGCGGAAAUCGAGCAAGCCUGCCGAAGCAUUGGGCGCAAUGCUAUUUCUGCUGAUGACGUGCUCUCUUAUCUCGAAUUCUCGGAACAAUACCAACCACACUACGACGCAUUCCUCAUGAUGGAGCGUGAUGACGGCUUCGUCACGGCUAACCAUCAAGGCAAGGCCGUUUCUAGAGACUAUCUCCUCCGACGGUGGAGCACAGGGGCUCAAGCUCCAGAGCCGAGAUCGGCAGAAAAGAUCGAGAACCCUCAGACACUCACCGACCAAUUCGACGAUAUUCAGAGACAAGUGGAUUAUCUCUUUGCCGAGGCAAAGCGUAAUUUCAUCAAGACGAAGCGCAUCGUAGGCUGUACGACAACUGCAGCUUCUAUGCACUCAUCUCUGAUUUCGGCGUUUGCCCCUGAUGUUGUCAUGGUCGAAGAGGCCGGAGAGAUUCUCGAGGCACAUAUCCUUGCGGCUCUCCAGCCUUGCGUUCAGCAACUCAUCCUGAUUGGGGAUCAUAAACAGCUGCGGCCCAAGGUUAACAACUACACUCUCACUGUUGAGCACGGUGGCGGUUUUGAUCUCAACCGCUCUUUGUUCGAGCGACUCAUUCUACAGGGCCAUCGGCACACUACUCUCUGCAAACAGCAUCGCAUGCACCCUGACAUCUCGCAGCUUGUACGACAGAUGACGUACCCAGAGCUGCUUGACGGAGACAAGACGAGUGAGCAUCCUAUCAUCCGAGGUCUCUUGGGUCGAGUUAUGUUUAUCAAUCACGACAAGCCCGAGCUUGACGGAGCUGGUGCCUACUCUCAAACCGAUGUGGACUAUCGUGCAAGCAAACAAAAUCCGUUCGAAGCAAAGCUGGUUCUUAAGUUGGUCAAGUACCUGGGCCAACAGGGGUAUGGAAAUUCACACCUGGUUGUGCUCACUCCCUACCUCGGCCAGCUAUGCCUUCUUCGCGACGAACUGAGCAAGGAGAACGACCCACUGCUGAACGAUAUGGACUCUGCUGAGCUCAUCAGAGCUGGUUUGAUGACGACCGCGGCGAGCUUGGUUGCGAAGACGAAAAUCAGGCUCUCUACCAUUGGCAAAACAACUGUGGCCAGGAUCUACGCUAAAUUCCUUACCUCGCUGGCAAUCAUUGCAGGCAGUGAAUUCGAAGAAACCACAGGCUCGAAGCUGGCUUCCAUGGGUGUGACUGGUUGCCAGACUCUGAUUGAAAAGGUUCUUGAAAACGGAGGUGGCGUCAUCUUCAUUGAUGAAGCGUACCAGCUGUCUUCAGGCAACAGCCCAGGAGGUCGCGCUGUUCUCGACUUCCUCCUCGCCGAGGUCGAGAAUCUUACAGGAAUGAUUGUUUUUGUCCUUGCUGGCUACACCAAGCAGAUGGAGACUUUUUUUGCGCAUAAUCCUGGCUUCCCUAGUCGAUUCCCGCUGGAGAUGAAGUUCGAAGACUACGAUGACAAAGAACUCUUGAGAAUAUUGGAGCGUCAAAUCAGUAAGAAGUUUGGCGGACGAAUGACAGUCGAAGACGGCCUGCAAGGGCUGUUCUGCCGGAUCGUUGCCCGCCGACUCGGGAUGGGCCGUGGUACGGAGGGGUUCGGCAAUGCUAGAGCUGUCGAAAACGCGUUCUCCAGGAUUUGCAUGCGACAAGCCGACCGUUUGCUGAGCGAGAGACGCAAGGGACUGCGACCAGAUGACCUUAAAUUGAGUAAGGAAGACCUCAUUGGGCCACAGCCGACCAAUGCGCUUGAGAACUCUACAGCAUGGGGGAAACUGCAAGGUCUGGUUGGCCUUUCUUCGGUCAAAGAGUCUGUACAAAUGCUUUUGGACACCAUCCAGGCGAACUAUCAACGUGAAAUGGCUGAAGAGCCUGUAAUACAGUUCUCGCUCAACCGCGUCUUCUUGGGCAGCCCAGGCACAGGGAAGACCACGGUGGCGAAGAUUUAUGGUCAAAUUCUAGUCGACCUGGGGCUGCUCUCCAGUGGAGAGGUUAUUGUCAAAAACCCCUCGGACUUCGUCGGUGCUGUCAUGGGCCAGUCGGAGCAGCAGACUCGAGGUAUCCUCGCAGCCACGGUUGGCAAAGUCCUCGUCAUCGACGAAGCAUACGGUCUCUACGGCGGAGGUGGUACGCAAGGUAGGGGAGCUACAGACCCUUACAGGACUGCCGUCAUCGAUACCAUUGUAGCUGAGGUCCAGAGCACCCCUGGUGACGAUAGAUGUGUCUUACUCCUCGGAUACAAGGAUCCACUGGAGGAAAUGUUCCAAAACGUCAACCCUGGCCUCAGCAGACGCUUCCCGCUGGCGUCUGCCUUUGUGUUCGAAGAUUUUGACAAUGACGAUCUUCGAAAGAUCCUAGAUCUUAAGUUGAAGCAACAAGGGUUCAAGGCCACGGACCAAGCAAAAACUGUCGCCAUCGAGGUGCUGGACCGGGCCCGCAACCGACCCAAUUUUGGCAACGCUGGCGAGAUUGACAUACUGCUUGACCAAGCCAAAGGGAGCCACCAGAAGCGAUUGUCUCUCGGCCAAACAAAGCACAGAGUGACUCUUGGAGCUGUCGACUUUGAUGCGGGCUUCGAGCGCAUGCAACGUAGUCAGACAAACAUCCCAAUGCUGUUUGAGGGCACUGUGGGCUGCGAGAAGAUUGUCGCAAUCCUACAAGGCUAUCAAGACAUCGUUCAUGUCCUCGAUUGCUCUGCCACGGAUUUAAUCGGACAGUAUGUUGGGCAGACAGGGCCCAAAGUGCAGCAGCUCCUUGACAAAGCUCUGGGGCGCGUCCUUCUGAUUGACGAAGCCUAUCGUCUGGCAGAUGGCCAAUUUGCAAAAGAAGCUCUCGACGAGUUGGUCGAUGCCGUCACCAAAGACAAGUAUGAAGGAAGGCUAGUAAUAAUUCUGGCCGGCUACGAGAACGAUAUCAACCGCUUGAUGAGCGUCAACCCUGGUAUGACAAGCCGCUUCCCUGAAACCAUUGACUUUUAUAGCCUCGACCCAGGCAGUUGCCUUGAGCUAUUGACGAGAACGCUUCAAAAGCAGAAGCAAAGGCUGAAGGGAACCAAGGGUGAUCUCAAUCUCGGCUGCUUCGAGCGACCGUCAAGGCGGUUUGAAGUGGAUGUCCUGCGCUUGUUUGACGGUCUGUCAAAGCAAACAUCCUGGGCGAGCGCACGCGACAUCGAGACCCUUGCCAAGGCUGUUUUCAAUGUUGGCCUCCGGGGUCUCAAAGAAGGCGGCGGUCACUGUAUCCUAGUCUCAGAGGAUGUCGUUCUCGGCCAGCUGCAGAAGAUGCUGCACGAACGUCACAGCCGUGAAAAGCGAGUGUCCCAUCAACUCACCACAGGAUUAGCAGAUCUCUCUCUCCUUUCUCCACCAAUCGCGGAGCCGACGUUGAUGCACCAGCAUGAAGAAAGGACAACGGAGACAUCGCAACAGGGCGCCAAGGAGGACGACUUGACCCCUCCUUCGAGCCCAGAGCCCAACCUUCGCUUCCAGAAUGACAGCAUUCGCGAUGCUGGCGUGAGCGAUGAAGUUUGGGAGCAGCUGCAGAAGGAUGCUCAGGCGGAGGGCGACCAGGAAGAACAGUACCAGUCGAUGCUCGAGGCGAAGAAAACUGCAGAUGAAGGAGAAUUGGACCGCAUCAUGGGCCCACGCGAGACAAUGGCCACCAACGCGAAAUGGCACGAGCUGCCUAACAAUACCAACCCCAUCUGGUACAAGGAUGCAGGCCUACGUCGCAACGUAGCCUUUGGUUUGGGACUUUGUCUCGUUAUUGCCACGAAUGCCAUGCCCUCUUGGCAGAAAUACUUCAAUCGGCCAACUGGUGCCCUGCUUGGUAUCUACGCUGCAUCGUUCUUUUUGCCAUCAAUUUUCACUUCAUUCAUUGGUGAUUAUCUCUCCACCAAACUGGGCCGACGCUGGUGCAUCCUUAUUUCUACGGUUGUUUUGAUCAUUGGGGCUCUUGUCAACACAUUUGCCAAUUCAAUUGGCAUGUGGUGCGGCGGUGAGAUCUUCUCCUGUAUGACCCCCUUGUUCACAUCGAUACUGAUUGUUCAGGCCGUGCGAUUAUGGGAGCCGGUGUCGGAAUGA